CUCCGCUACAGGGGUACGACCAAUGUGCUCCCAUUCCACCCAGCUAUCUUGCCAUUUCUCAAAAGGGCACGGUUGGACUCAAUUAGGCUUUUUAAUGGCAUCAAAGUUGAUCGCCAACUCAUCACCGCAUUAGCCGAGAGAUGGAGAAAGGAGACCCAUUGUUUCAACUUUAGAGAAGGAGAGGCCACCAUCACGCUAAUGUAUGUCGCCAUCCUAACCCAUCUGCCCAUUGACGGCAAACCGGUGUGCGUGAGUGAUCAUCUCCCCGAUGAUCGUGACGGUAUGCCUGGUUGGGUUCAUUUCAUCCACAGUGUUUUGGGAGUGAAAGUACCGGUGAAGGGGUGCGUUGAUGCGACCGAUCGCAUGCCACCAAUGAGGAAACACCAAGUCUCAAUUACUUGGUUGACGAAGUAUUUUAGAGACCAUUACGAGUGUCAUCCCCUAACCGAGGAAAGUCCGGAGGAUGAGAAGGAGAGAUAUACUCGUGUCUAUCUCAUAGGCAUGAUCGGAGGAGUGUUCUUCUCCAUAAAAUCAAGCAAUCUCCUUAGUUGUGGAUGGCUUAGGAUGGCUUGA